AUGCGUUUUUCAUUCCCUUUCUGCAGCAAUUUCAUGGACACCCUACGAGGUCCCCGACAUGACAGAUUGGCUCAGAAGUUGGCGAUCCAUUCGAUCUAUGAUGGUCGUAAGUGGCGAGACCUGUCUAAGGGCAGAUGGGAGGCAAAAAACCACGGUAUUGGCGGGUUCUCUGAGGUGAGAUCGUGCCUUCUCGGAGAGGGGGAAGAAUUAUCAGCUUCGGGGCCGAAUAAUAAUAAUAAGCGAAAAGAGCCUCCGCAGACUGACGAUGCUUAUAGAAGGAUGUGUCUAGCCCUGAGGCUUAGUGAGGAUGCAUCACCCGAACCUGCAGCGCCCGAGGCGAGGAACGAAGGUUCUCUGCCGCCGGCUUCUCCUCCCGUCGAAGGUACUUCGAGGGAUGCUCAAGGCUGGCGGCCGCAUGUAUCGAGCGACCGUGUACCGACCGGGAGUGGUUUUACUGGGUUUGAUGGAACCAGGCUAGCGGAUGUGCGCUCGACUUUUGAGGAAGCUCAGCGGCUCUACUCUGAGGCUUUAAACAAGCUCAAAUCUGAGCUGCUUCAUCGUGAGGUCGGGCUGCAGAAAGCCAAGAAGUUGGAGAGCCUGGAAUUCCUCGAGAGUGAAAUUGCCCAAAUUAAGUGUCAGUGCGAUGAAUUGAAGGCUCGGGUGGAUGCUCAGGUUGUGGCGGAAAAGGCCGCUUUGUCCAAAGCUUCCGCCUUCGAAGCGCAACUUCGCGUAGCUCAUGAAUACAGCUUGGUCCGAGCAGACAUGAUAUCAAGCCUCAAGUAUGAGCUUCAGAAGGAUGCUGCCGAUGCUCGAGCUGAUCUGAGGAGGGCUCUUAACUGUAAGGGCAGAAGCAAGGAAUCAAUGGGGACGGCAGUUGGCGGCAGUUCCCAAGUGAUCAAAAAUUUCUUGGCUCGAGAGCCAUUCUCUGUAAACUUGGUAUUGCCUCAUUGGGAGCUUACGAAUUCUGGAUUUCCAACCCGGAGGUCAUGUAGCCUUGAGUUUUUGACGCCAGUCCCCGAGUGUUUGGGACGCUUUUUGGAUUCUGGAGCCAGAGGCCUGAGGGAACUGACAGAACUGUAUGGCCCAAGCUUAAGCUUAAGCUUAGGUUUGCAUACUGUUCUAGAAACUCGCCGGAGCUUAGGCUUGGAGCAGAGCGCUAUUACUUGCUUCAGGGCUGCAAGAGUAUCUACCAUACUUAUUGAUGAUGGAAUUGAAUUGGAUAAAAUGGUUGAUAUUGAAUGGCACAAAAAAGUUGUGCCAAUCGUUGGUAGAAUACUGCGAGUUGAACAUCUAGCUGAAAAAAUUCUUGAUAAGGCUGCAGAUGGAACAACAUGGACACUGGAUUCAUUCAUGGAGAUUUUCACUAAGGAGCUGAAGUCAGUAGCUGAUAAUGUUGUUGCAUUUAAAAGCAUGGUUGCAUGUCGUAGCGGCCUUGCAAUUAAUACAGAAGUCACUCAAAAAGAGGCAGAGGAGGGCCUGAGUGAUGUUUUACGCGCUGGGAAUCCCAUCAGAAUCUCAAACAAGAGCUUCAUUGAUUAUAUAUUUAUCCAUGCGUUGGAGGUCGCUCAAAGUUAUGACUUGCCAAUGCAGAUACACAUGGGUUUCGGGGACAAGGAUUUUGAUAUGAUGCUUGCUAAUCCCCUUUAUCUUCACAAUCUUCUUGAGGAUAAGAGAUUCACUAAUAGCCGAUUAGUGCUUUUGCACGCGUCCUACCCAUUCUCAAAGGAAGCUUCACAUCUGGCUUCUGCAUACCCUCAAGUAUAUCUUGACUUUGGGUUUGCAAUUCCUAAACUUAGCUUCCAUGGGAUGAUAUCCUCAUUGAAAGAACUCCUGAAACUUGCUCCGAUGAAUAAGGUUAUGUUCAGCACUGAUGCCAUCGCGUUUGCUGAAGCCUUUUAUUUAGGUGCAAAGAGAGCACGUGAAGCAGCAUUCUCUGUUCUACGCGAUGCGAUGGUUGAGGGUGAUCUUUCAAUUACAAAAGCUGUGGCAGCCGUUAAAGAUAUAUUUGCAGAAAAUGCAAAGAAGUUUUACAAAUUGCACAAACUUGAUGUUUCUUCAAAAGAUUCUGAUAUAGAACCUCAUAUACCGUCUCCCUUCAUUAAGGAAGAGCUACAUGGUUCAUUAAAGGAUUCUUCAACAGAUUCUGAUGUAGAACCUUGUAUAUUGUCUUACUUCCAGAGUGAAGAGUUAUAUGGCUCAUCAAAGGAUGUUACCCUUGUUCGCAUUAUUUGGAUAGGUGCUUCUGGCCAACAUAGAUGCCGUGGUGUUCCACAGCAGCGCUUCUAUAGUUUCGUGAAAAAGCAUGGUAUAGGCUUACCUCGUGCAUGUAUGGGGAUAAGUUCAAUAUCUGAUUAUCCCGUAGAGGACACUACUCUCACCUGUUCGGGUCUGUUCACUAUUGUUCCUGAUUUAUCAACCAAAUGCAGAAUUCCAUGGGCAAAAGAGCAGGAAAUGGUUUUGGCUAACAUGUGUACUAAAUCUGGUGAACCAUGGGAAUAUUGUCCAAGAGAAGCUUUACGCAGAAUCUCUAAAAUUUUAAAAGAUGAAUUCGGUUUGGUCAUGACUGCAGGCUUUGAAGUUGAAUUUUACCUUCUAGAGAGUGUAAUAAAUUAUGAAUGACAAAGAAGAAUUUGAUUCAUCGGAUCAGUACAGGAAGUGCCAUACAGCAGCAUUUGAUGCUGCAUCCCCAAUGCUUGAGGAGAUGCUCGGUUAUCUUCAAUCCUUGAAUAUUACUGUAGAUUAU